AAUUUAUGAGAACCACAGUGACUUGUGGCCAACGUGUGGUGUUGGGUUCCUUCCUCCUUUUGUGGCUGGCGUAGCUUAACUAAUGCUCCAGAAACAUGUAGGAGCUCUCAGUGAGCACAUCCAUGGCCUGCAAACUCCCUCCUCCCUCCUCCUCUCUCUCCCCUCCUCCUCCAUGGAUUCAAGCUCUAGACCAGAGACUCCCCAUCAAGAACCAUAGCGUCGUCGUCAUGUCCACAGGCUCGGAGAAACACGCCUCUCCUCGCAGAGCUUCGCGAUCAGAAAGCGUCACGGAGGAAACCAGCUCAUCGGCGAGAAAUCAACUGGAUCUCCUGCAGCAGCUGGCAUCUCCCACUUCAGAAGGUUACGAAGGGGUCGAUGGAGGUCUGAGGCGGACCGUCCGUGAGCAGCUGAGUGAAGCAGUAGGAGGCAGAGGCGGCGAGUUCACGCUCCCGCUGGGGAAGAAGCUGAAAGCGAGCCUCAGUUCUUUGACGGUGUCGCAGAGGAGAAACAUCAAGCGGCAGGCGUAUCUAAAUGAAGUGGGGCAGAGGAACGACUCGGCGUUCUUCGCGACAGUCGGCGCGUUUGUUCUUCUUCCGCCGUUGGCCAUCCUCGCCGCAGCCGUGGCAACUGGAUACGUGCAGCUCUUCCCUUGAUGUACUUGUUACAGAUCAAAAGUAGAAGAACAAGUUCCGAUAUGUCAUAAGGAAAAAGUAAAGGAGAUAUUUGUUAAUUUGCACCUUAAAUAAAAAUAAAAAAAAUAACUGCCCUUGGUUUUUACUACCUGUUAAAAGAACAAAUUUUUCUUUUUACAAAAUUGAAAGAAUGUCCUUAAACAAAUAAAAAAUAAAAAAAAUUUACGAAGUCGUCCAUGGCCAGGGGCGGAUCCAACCCCGGGCCGGCAUCGGUCGUCCCUUUUUACUGAAUGUGAAACUCUUAUGCUAUGUUUAUUCUAGAGAGAAUGUGGA